AUGUCCGAGUCCCUGGAGACAAUCGCCGCCCAUGGAGCCGCCGUUUACGCAAUGAUGCUGGCAGGCUUUACCCUCCUGAUUUAUGAUCACAUCCUGACUCUCAGUGACGAGGUGAAUUAUAUUUGGAACUCGCGGAAAGGGCUUGUGUCGAUCAUCUUCCUUCUGAAUCGCUACAUUGUUCCCCUCGUGCUGGCCGUCGACAUAUAUGCCAUUGUUGCAUGGAGGCUCUAUGCUCUCCAUGGAGGGACUACAUGGAUACGAAGAACUCUGUGGAUCUCAGGAUUGCUCUACGUUGUCAGUUCAACAGGGAUUAUCACCGCGUCUUUGAUUCCCGUUAUUUUGGAUCUGCAGCCGUACUAUCAUCAAUGCGUCAGCUCGAUCCCUUCUUAUUUGUGGACUGCUUGGUUACCAAGCGUCAUCUUCGAAACGCUCCUUUUCGGACUUACAAUCGUAGCCAUGAUACGUCAAGACAAACGUCGAUCUUUCACCACCUUAUCCCUUCUGCUCUAUCGCGAUGGCAUGUUGUACUUUGUCGCUGUCACCGUCUGCUCUUCAUUCUCACUUCUCGUAUGGGCUCUCGCACCAUCUUCUCUCAUCGGUCUCGCACGAUACUUUGCUCUAGCAAUGGUCAACAUCGCAGGGUCGCGGCUCGUCUUGAAUCUCAAAGGGUACUCUGCAUCGCGCAAUUCUCUCGCCUUCUGCUCCUCGCCGUACCAGUAUUCACAUUACUCGUCCGACGUUGUUCUUACGCCCCAGCGAGCCCAACACGAGGAGCCCACAGUUGAUUUGCGCGACGAUGACGUCGACCUAGAGAUGUACUCGAUGGAGCGAGAUUGUCAGCAGCUAGGCACAAAGUUGCUGCAUCAGCUAUAG